GUGAACUUUGCAGUGGCUGUGGCGGUGUCAUUGCAAGAUGGCUGUCCUUGUCCAUUCCAAAUAGGCAGGCACACACCUGCGUACAGGCAGGCAGACAGACAGACAGACAGACACUCAGUCAGCCAGUGGACGCCACAGCCAGCACACCGACACACCGAAACAAAGUCUCUCCGCCGACCUUUCAUCAAUGUCUGUGUGUCGGUAAGGAAUCAUCACACUGGUAUGUCCAUUCACUCCACCCACCCCCCUGUGCGCAUCUCUGUCGCCGCCCGGAAACCAAAGCACCAACACUUUUCAUGGGCUGAUGCUCUGCCGUUCCAGGACAGCUUCAUAGAUGCGAUGCCACAAUGGGGAGGGGGAGGACACACUCUUACUGAGGUAAAACCAAGAGACUCUACUCUCGAGGGAAGUGGAGAGAAGAAAAAGGCCAUGCAAUGCAAUGCAGGCAGCCAGGAAUCCAUGCCGUGCCAUGAAUAUACGCUGUCACGACACCGCUUCCUCUUCCUCAUUUGCUUCCCCCGCCACAACAUCUGUGUCGCCUCGCUGUCCUCCCUCGUCGCCCUCCUCGCCCCUCUGCUCAUCGCCACCCUCCUCUCUCUCCUCCUUCUCUGGCUCUUGCUCUUCCUGCGCCUGUUGUGGGCAGCAACUCGGCUCCCCGGCUCCCGCCUGCUGCUCCUGUUCGUUCAUGCCGUUAAUCAGCGCCUUGGCCACGGCAUGCGACUCCUGCAUGUCACGCAGGUGGUUGAGCGGCGCUGCCAGGUCGGGGCUGCGCACCUCCACCUUGGCUAUGGCACGCUGAGGAACGCUGAUGAUCCCGCCCAACCGACGCACCAUCGGACGAUACCGAUCCGACGGGGCGGAGCCAGACUGAUCACCGCUGCAAGUGGAGGAGGGAUCCUCACCUGCAGUGCACACAGGCACGGCACACAACAGACCGACCCACAGGCAGGGCAGACAUCUCUCAUGCGCGUGUGCGUCCCUCCCUCCCUCCCUUUGCGUGUGUCGUGUCGGCCGCUUUCGUGUGCUGUGCUGCACGUACCGACAUCGAGCAUGACGGUCUCCUCGGUGUUGGAGAGGACGAUGUUGCCGCUGUUGUCGUAGGCCAUCAGCUCGCCAAUCAGCUCACGGUCAUCCGUCAGGCGAAUGCGGACCAGACAGUCGAGCAGCGUCCGCAGCAGCUCGGCACACGACAGCUGAGCCUCGAGCUCCCCGAACUCAUCAUCCUCGUCGACAGGGGGAUGGCCGCCGGCCAGCUGCUGCUCGGCGGCAUCGCAGUCGCGUUGAGGUUGUCGUUUUGGCCUCCAGCUGCUGCCGUCAUCUCCUCUUUCUGCUGCAGCAUCGGUGAGUGCGCGGCUCUGGGCGACGAUUUCUUGCACGAAGGCGUCUAUCUCCUCCUCUGUGGGAUCUCGUUUGGCCUCCAUCCUAUCGUCGCGGGGUUACG